AACAAACCGCGAAAAAGGAAAAAACAAAAAAAAAGGAACUCUGGUUACAAUUAUUGGAGAAGAAGAAAGCCGUGCCUUUUGGGGCUUUCCUGUUCUCAUACGUCACACAAAUGACCAAUCUACCCUUGUUGUGCCCAUAUAAACCAACCACGCCAGAUGCCUCUGAAAUUGAAAAAGUUCCUCAUAUCUUUGAAAAUGGCUAUAUUCUCUGCCCAAUUUGCUUCUGCAGUAGCAUUGAUAGUAGUAGCUUCGUUGUGUCUGAUUGAAGCCAAUCAAACUGGAAUCGGAAUUGAAAUUGGAAGCAGAAGGCAGAGAGAGUUCGAUUACUUCAACUUGGCCCUGCAAUGGCCUGGCACUUUCUGUCAACAUACCCGCCAUUGUUGUUCAUCCAAUGCUUGCUGCCGAGGCGCAAAUUCUCCAACCGUGUUUACAAUCCAUGGAUUGUGGCCUGACUACAAUGAUGGAACCUGGCCUGCCUGUUGCACACAGAAAAGCUUUGAUGAAAAAGAGAUCUCAACAUUGCAUGAUGCAUUAGAGAAAUAUUGGCCGUCUUUAAGUUGUGGUAGACCAUCAUCCUGCCAUGGUGGAAAAGGAUCAUUUUGGGGUCAUGAGUGGGAGAAGCAUGGGACUUGCUCCUCUCCAGUAGCUCGAGAUGAAUACAGCUACUUUUUGACAACCCUCAAUGUCUAUUUUAAGUACAAUGUCACUAAAGUCCUGAAUGAAGCAGGAUAUGUACCUUCAAAUACUGAAAAAUAUCCUCUUGGAGGCAUUGUUUCUGCUAUUCAGAAUGCUUUCCGGACAACCCCAAAGUUGCUUUGCAAAAAAGGUGCUCUGGAGGAACUUCAUCUAUGCUUCUACAAGGAUUUCAAGCCUCGGGAUUGUGCGAUUGGAUCUACCAGUCCAAAUGGCAGGCUAUAUUCAAGUAGUUCAUGUCCUGAUUACGUCAGCAUACCAGCAUAUGCAUCAAUGGGGCUUGGCAGUGGUGAAACGGAAAUUUCAAGUGCCUGAUGCUGAUGUUCUCUAAGAUCUUGGCGGGUCGACAUGUUGUACAUUACUCAAUUCAGUUUGUGUAAUUCUUGAGCAAAGUUACAAAAUUCAUAGUUGAUCUCUAUUGUUUAAAUUCAGAUCCCAAAAUUGGAAAAGAUUGCUUAGCAUUGCUCCGAUGAAUUUGUAUUCUACUUCAUAGUUUAUCUGUAUGCUACAAUGCGGUGUAAAUUCAGAACCCCAAAAUAAAUAAAAAUGGGAAAAAUUCUUUACUC